ACGUACGUUCUCUGCUGAGCUUUUGCACGAAUGUCAGAAGUGCUCCAAAAAAUAAACAGCUGUCAAAUUAUUUGGCAUUUUAUCAGGGCCGAAUCGCCUCCCCCCAAACAUUGGCAAUUGUUGGAGCAGUGCAAAAAACACUUUUUCCAGUCAUUUCUUCUCCUAUCUCCAACAUACACCGAAAGCUCCGCUACAAAGUACACAAAUUCUUUGGAUGUGAAAUAUCGAUUUGCAGCGCGAGAAAAGUCCAUUAACGAAAAAACAUAUAAAAGGGUAAAUUUCAUCAAAGAAAAGCGGAAAAUCAACACAGAAACAACUUUCAAGUGCAAAUCGGUUGAACGUUCAUCAACAAUAUAUUUGGAAAACCUGAAAUACGCUUAAUUAAUUUCUUUAGUGAAAAUCGCCUUGUGCGUGUGUGUGUACUCAGAAAGCCCGAGUAAAAAAAGCGAAAGUAACAAGGAUGGCGUUCGCAGGAUUGAAAAAACAGAUUAACAAGGCGAACCAGUAUGUGACGGAAAAAAUGGGUGGGGCGGAGGGCACAAAGCUGGACAUGGACUUCAUGGAAAUGGAGCGUAAGACGGACGUCACCGUUGAACUGGUCGAAGAGCUACAAUUAAAGACUAAGGAAUUCCUACAACCUAAUCCAACGGCUCGUGCUAAAAUGGCAGCCGUCAAGGGCAUAUCAAAAUUGUCCGGUCAGGCUAAGUCCAAUACGUAUCCACAACCUGAAGGUCUACUCGCUGAUUGUAUGCUUAUGUAUGGCAAGAAGCUGGGUGAGGACAAUAGUGUAUUUGCGCAAGCGCUCGUCGAAUUCGGCGAGGCGUUGAAACAAAUGGCUGAUGUAAAAUACUCAUUGGAUGACAAUAUUAAGCAAAAUGUCUUAGAACCAUUACACCACCUACAGACGAAAGAACUGAAGGAAGUAAUGCAUCACCGUAAGAAGUUGCAGGGACGACGCCUCGACUUUGACUGCAAGCGUCGCCGGCAAGCUAAAGACGAGGAGAUUCGUGGCGCCGAGGAGAAAUUUGCCGAAUCGCUGCAUUUAGCGCAAAUGGGCAUGUUUAACUUGCUCGAAAACGACACAGAACACGUGUCACAAUUGGUAACGUUCGCUGAGGCGCUUUACGAAUUCCACUCGCAGUGCGCAGAUAUUCUGCGUGGCUUGCAGGAGACACUUCAUGAAAAACGCGAAGAGGCCGAGUCCCGACCCAAAGCCGAAUUCGUACCCAAGACAUUAUUGGAUCUCAAUCUCGAUGGCACCGGCGCUAACGAUACGGACAGUGUGAGCACACCGGCACAUAGGGCCUCAGCGGCAUCACCGCUACCCUCGCCAUUGCGCUCGCCAGCCAAAUCGCUGGUGCCGGGCGCUACCACACCACAGCGCCAACAGCAGCCAUGCUGUCAGGCACUGUACGAUUUCGAACCAGAGAAUCCGGGUGAAUUGGGCUUCAAAGAAAAUGAUACGAUUACAUUGUUGAGCCGUGUAGAUGACAAUUGGUUUGAAGGCUCCUUGAAUGGACGCACCGGCUACUUCCCACAGUCAUAUGUGCAAAUUGUGGUGCCACUGCCCAAUGGCAAUUAAACGGGGAGCAGGCUAAGCUGCAUUGAUGAGAGCAAAGCAUGAGUCACUCCAUAAACAACUACAUAGUUGGCAAACAAUAAUUAAUUAUUUAAUAUUAAAUUUAAAACGGUUAAUUAAAUUUAAAGCUAUUUAAAGAAAACGCAUAGAGACAUCAAAGAAAACAAAACACUAAAUCGCUAAUAUAAUUGAAAUGUGUAUUUAUUAUAAAUUAUAAAUUAUAAAUUA